AUGGGUGACUAUGGUCCCACAGUCCUGCCUGACCACUCCACCCAAGUGGAUCAACCCUUACAACAGGCUCCCUCCAACGAGAUAUCCGUGCUAGUAACAGGCUUUGGUCCUUUCAAAACCAACCUCGUGAACGCUUCUUUUCUGAUCGCUCAAUCGCUUCCUUCGUCCUUUACCUUCCCGGCUCCUAAGAACAGCCACGAAGCCGAUAGACGAGUCAUUCUACAUGUUCACCCGUCCCCUAUACCUGUUGCCUAUUCGUCCGUUCGCGAAGCUCUUCCCUCGAUCCUGAGUGAUUUCGAAGCAGCCAAUCAGGGUCGACGACCAGAUAUAGUGAUCCAUAUUGGGAUUGCGUCACCAAGGCUGUACUACUCCGUCGAGUCAUUAGCGCAUCGCGAUGACUACAAUAUUACGGAUAUCAAAGGAUGCUCUGGUUACGAGGAUGGAGAGAAGAUAUGGAAGGAUCUCGGACUACCAGCGAUAUUAAGUCCGGGUAAGGCUAUUCCUCUUACUCAAGAACAGGAAGAUGAGCAAAAGAAACAGGGUGUUCGGAGCGGCCCGUGCCCGCCCAAUGACAAUUUCUUGGGUACUUGGAAAUCGAAUGCGUCUGCUGGGCUGGAUCUUCGAAUUUCUCAUGAUGCGGGUCACUAUCUAUGUGACUUUAUCUUUUAUACUAGCCUGUCAUUGGCUAUGCAGAAGGGCCAGGAUCGCAAUGUGCUGUUUUUGCAUGUUCCUGGGGCAGCAGAGGAUGCAGAUAUUGAGCGUGGUCGUGAAAUCACUCUGGCUCUGAUUAAGACUAUGAUCACUUGUUGGAUCGAUGAUAAGCAUUCUGCUUAA